GUGUCCAGGGUUCAGGGAGGAAACAUUUGCAUUGUCGCAGAGACUCAGGGAAGGCUGGUGUGUGGAGAAGGAAGUCAGAAGAGAGGGGCUGUGUGUGGGGUAGGUUUGUUAGAAAAUAGGUCAAAGACCAACUUUGUAAGAGACAGAAAGAACAUCUGCAAAUACAAUGCUGUUCCUGCAACUUGUGUUGCUGGUGGUUCUCCUGCCAGGCGGUGACAGUGAAGAUGCCUUCCAGGAGCCAGUCUCCUUCCGAAUCCUCCUGACCACAUCUUUUUACAACUCUUCCUGGACACAAAACCAAGGCUCAGCUUGGUUGGAUGAGCUGCAGACUCAUGGCUGGGACAAUAAGACUGGGGCUUUCAUUUAUCUGCAGCCUUGGUCUAAAGGCAACUUCAGCAACAAGGAGCUGUUGGAAGUAGAAGAGUUAUUCUACACAUACUCCAUUAGUGAUCCUUCAAUAUAUCAUAACCAUGUCAGUGAAUGGCAGCUUGAAUAUCCCUUCCAGGUACAGCUGGUGUUAGGCUGUGAUUCCCACUUUGGAGAAGCAUCAGUAGGCUUCUUGCGGAUUGCUUACCAAGGAUCAGAUCUCAUGAGUUUCCAGAACACAUCAUGGUGGCCAUCUCCAAAGGGAGGAAGUAGGGCUCAGCAGGUCUGCACAGUAUUCAAUCAGUACAUUUUCAGUGAAAUAGUACAGAAACUCCUCAGCGACUACUGCCCCCGGUUCCUGUUGGGUCUUCUUGAUGCAGGGAAGGCAUAUCUCCAGCGACAAAUGAGGCCAGAGGCCUGGCUCUCCAGUGGCCCCAGUCCUGGUCCUGGCCGUCUGCUGCUGGUGUGCCACGUCUCUGGCUUCUACCCAAAGCCUGUGUGGGUGAUGUGGAUGCGGGGUGAGCAGGAGCAACAGGGCACACAGCGAGGUGAUCUCCUGCCCCAAGCUGAUGGGACAUGGUAUCUUCAGACGUCCUUGGAUGUGAAAGCCAGUGAGGCAGGUGGCCUGUCGUGCCGAGUGAGACACAGCAGUCUAGGAGGCCAGGACAUGGUCCUCUACUGGGGGCAGCCCCACUCCGUGGGCUUGGUCUUCCUCGCGGUGACAGUGUCCCUGGUGCUUCUGGCAGGUCUGGCGUUGUGGCUCUGGAAGCGCUGGAAAACACACUGGAGACCUCAGUGCACCGGCUUCCCUGUGCAGUGAGAUCCCAGCAGCCCAGGCUCCAGUGCUUACCUAAACCCCGCUCAAUGGUGACGUCCUUGCAACUCUGUGUGUGUAAUUUUGUCUUUCGUUUUUGCUUAGUGAUCAGUUGUCAAUAUAAGCUCCGUGUAAUUUAGGGUGAUUUGUUGUUCUGACUUGGUUCUGGAACUUAAGUGUCAAAAUUUAACUUGGUGCAAAAUGAUGUCCCAGCACCUCCAUGGGUCACAGGCAUCAGAUGCCACUUCCUCCAGUGAGCCCUCCUUCAUUCAGAAGUGGGAGCAGUCUGUCUGGUGAGAAUUUCCACCACCUUUUCGGACACUUUGACAAUUCUAUUCCUGACCCCUGGUGCUUGUUUUCCCCAGUCAGGACCCUUAUCCCUUCUAAUUCUUAGGAUUCUUGAGAGAAAAGUCCAUGUUUUCUUAAUAUUUGUAUACUUGGAAAGGUGUCUCACCUGCAUGGAAAAUGUCCUCAAUAAAAAUCUGUGUUGAAUUUAUGCUAAAUA